AUGGAAGCAAAAACUCACAUAGCCCUUGUCUCUAUUCCUGUCCUUAGCCAUCAAGUUUCACUACUCGAAUUUGCUAAGCAACUCAUUCAUCUAUACAAAAACUCUUUCCAUGUCACAUGUAUCAUUCCCACAAUUAGUAAUUCUCCUUCUAUUGCAUCCAAACCCUUCUUUGAUACCCUCCCUUCUAGUAUUCAAUGCAUUUUUCUUCCUCCAAUCAACUUUGAGGAUCUGAAGAAUGAGAUUAUGCUUGAAUCUCAAGUUCAAAUCUCGGUUUCUAGAUCUAUGCCAUAUGUGUUUGAAACCUUAAGGUCAUUUAGCACUAACUCCAAUUUGGUUGCUCUAGUUAUUGAUCCGUUUGCACAUGAAGCACAUAAAUUUGCUAAAGAAUUGAACAUCUUAUCCUACACAUACUUUCCUUGUUCAGCAAUGGUUUUAUCAAUGUGCCUAUACUUCUCAAAGCUGGAUAAAAUGAUUACGUGUGAGUACAAAGAUCACCCCACACCAAUAGAGAUUCCAGGUUGCAUAUCUCUUGAUGGCAAAGAUCUCCCAGACAGUGCUCAAGAGAGAUCAAGUUUAGCAUACAAUUUAUUUCAUCAACGCUCCCAACAACUUCAUCAAGCUGAUGGCAUCAUAAUCAAUAGCUUUCUUGAAUUGGAAUCAGAAACGUUCAAAGCAAUGUCCCAAGAUGGCCCAUAUGGUACAAGUACAAUCCCUAAUGUGUAUGCAGUAGGGCCCAUCGUACAAACAAAACCCAAUAUUCAAAAUCAAGCAUGUGAGUGUUUACUAUGGUUAGACAAUCAACCACCUAACUCAGUUAUCUACAUUUCUUUUGGAAGUGGUGGUACACAUUCACAUGACCAAAUUAAUGAGCUUGCAUUGGGAUUGGAAUUGAGCAAAUAUAAAUUUCUAUGGGUUAAUGUGAGACCACCAAAUAAUAAAGCAAGUGCUAGUUACCUAAGUAAUGAUGAAGUGGAUCCAUUAAAUUUUUUACCAUUAGGGUUUUUAGAAAGAACAAAAGGACAAGGUUUUGUUAUGUGUGGUUGGGCACCACAAGUUGAAGUACUUAAGCAUGAUGCAAUAGGUGCAUUUCUAACUCAUUGUGGUUGGAAUUCUAGUUUGGAGAGUAUUGUUCAUGGAGUUCCAAUGAUAGCUUGGCCAUUAUUUGCUGAACAAAGAAGCAAUGCUGAAUUGGUGACUAAUGGACUUAGAAUUGCCAUGAGACCAAAAUGUGAUAGCAAAGGAAUUGUGGUAAAGGAGGAAGUGGUUAAUGUUAUAAAAGGUGUUAUGGAGAGUGAAGAAAUUGAAGGAAGAGUGAAAGAGCUGCAAAAGUUUGCUAAUUGUGCUAUGAUGGAAGAUGGGUCAUCCAUGAAAACAUUAUCAAUGUUGGCACUCAAAUGGAAGAGCUUGGGAAAGUCCAUGUAG